AUGGCCGAAGACAAUACACAACAGCAAAAGCCUACAGACAAGGUCGAAAAGGACAAAGCCAUGGUGGACUUCACCAAGGGCGAGGUUCAAGACUAUAAAUUCUACCCUGAUAAUCCAGAAAAUCACAGGCAUAAGUACCGAUGGGUAGCCAAAGAACCAUCAAAGUACUAUGAUCCAUGCGAAGAGAGUCGACAAGCAUCGAUCGACUGUGUCUUGCGUAAUCAGGAGGACAAGUCGGUCUGUCAAGACUUCUUUGACGCCUAUAGAGAAUGUCUGAAGGACUUCUUCAAAAAGCGCAGAGAAGACAGAAUGGCAGGCAAGGCUGGGUGGGGCAAAUGGUGA